AUGCUGACGCUCGUUCCGCGGCAGUGCCUGCGCGGCGCAGCACCCACAUCAUAUGCGAUCGCAGCGUUCGCCAGCAGACGGCUUCUUUCCACCCCCUCCUCGGACCCGGCACGGAGCUCUGCCGCCGCCGCGACCGGCGAAACCGUUGCGCUCGACUACGAAGCCUACCAGCCCACGUCCGCCCAAACCUCGUCGCCGCGCACCGCCGUCCCCGUCUCCUCCCUCGUCGUCUGUCAUGGUCUUUUCGGGUCCAAACAAAACUGGCGCUCUCUCGGCAGGGCCAUGUCAGCUCGCUUCGGCAUCCCAGUCUUUGCCCUCGACCUGCGCAACCACGGCACUUCCCCGCACAUCGAUGGUCUCGCCUACUCGGACAUGGCAGCCGACGUCAUCCAAUUCAUGUCCUCGCAAAAGCUAUCGAACGUUGCGCUGAUCGGGCAUAGCAUGGGCGGAAAAGUGGGGAUGUCCGUUGCGCUCCACCCGCAAUUGCCGGAUGGGAUGGUGGGAAAGCUGAUCAGCGUGGACAUGUCUGCGAAACGUGGGCCGCUGUCACCCGAGUUCGAGCGGUACAUCGAUGCCAUGGUCGCCAUUCGGGACCGACCGUGUAAGAGCAGGAGUGAAGCGGACGAGAUCCUGCAGGAGACAGAAAAGGACGUGGGCGUAAGGCAGUUCUUGCUCACCAACCUAACGCGGCCGGCAGGGACCGACAAUUGGGGUUGGCGCAUACCCGUCGAUCUCAUCCGCAAGAACAUUGCGCAGAUCGGUGACUUUCCGUAUAACCCUCCUAAGGCUACGGAGGACGAGCUCGCCGGUGCACGUGAUGAUGCAGAGGAGCGCACCUGGGAUGGUGAGACGUUGUUUAUCAAGGGGACAAAGAGCAAGUAUGUGAAUCGCAGGAACAUCCCAACGAAUCAGAAGUAUUUUGGGAACAGUAAGCUGGUGACGAUGGAAACAGGACAUUGGUGUCAAGCCGAGAAGCCGGGCGAGUUUGUCGAGGUUGUGGAGAGGUUCUUAACGGGUCAGACGGUGGAUGAGACGCAGGAGGCGCUCCAGCCGAGGUCAAAGGCAUAG